GACGCCAUUCCCGGAUGCGCCACUGCGUCGUCAGUGGCUGGUUUCGCGGCUCAACAGCAGCAGCUCGGUGCGAUGUUCUCAAAGGCGUUAGGGGAGUGGUCGGUGUCGCGGCAGGCCGUGCUGCUGGCUGCUGGCCUCGGCGGUGUCACGGUACUGGUGGCUGGGGCCUGGCUAGUGAAGAGGCGGCUCGAUAACACACCACCGCAGCACUGGCAGGAGGCCGGCGUCCUCACUGACAUCUACGUGUACCCGAUCAAAUCGUGCGGUGCGAUCGUGGUGCCGGCGAUCGAAUGUGCCAACACCGGCCCCCAGCAAAAUCUGUUGCGGGACCGCACGUUCCUGGUGACGACCGAGGAGGGCAAGUUCGUGACGGCCCGGAUGAAGUCGAAGCUGGUGCUGGUGGUGCCGCGAUUCGAUGACCGGUGCGAAACGAUGACGCUGACCGCGCCCGGUAUGCCGGAGCUGCGUCUCGACGUGCGCCGGUGGGCGUCGGGCGAGUACGACGGGACGCUGAAAGAGGGUACCGUGUGGGGUGAAACCGUCACCACGGUCGACUGUGGAGAGGAGGUGGCCCGCUGGUUCUCACGGUACCUCGUCGACCGGGACACGGGCUACCGCCUGCGGUACUAUCCGCACCAGCACCCCCAGCGUCGCCGGCAGGGCAGCGACACGGGCACCCUGCACGACGAGACGAGCUACAUGCUGUUCAACGAGGCGAGCGUGACCGAUCUGAACCACCGGCUUGACCACAAGGUGGGCGCGCUCCAGUUCCGCCCGAACUUUGUCGUCCGCGGCCCGCAAGCGUACGCCGAGGACCGGUGGCGCUGGGUGCGCAUCGGUGAGGUCGUGUUCCGGUACCGCAUUCCGUGCCUGCGCUGCGUGUUCACCACAAUCGAUCCGGAGACGGGCAUCGCCGACCCGUCCAAGGAACCUCUGCGGACACUCAAGGAAUACCGGCAGAUUCCGGCCCUCGGUGAUUCACCGGCCUUCGGCAUCCACCUGGGACUGCGGGGCGCGGGGACCGUCAAGGUCGGCGAUCCGGUGUACGUUGCGUAGAAGGACUUCGCACUGAUUGAACGUUGAGGAACGUUGAUGGUCGCCGCCGGACGCCAGCUUUUCUUUCGAGCCGCAUUUCUUUCUGUACUUUCUGUGUUUGCUGCGUUUGCGUGUUUUGCGCCUUUUUGGUUUGUUUCAUAACUCACCAUACGCGCGACAAACCACUUUAAUAGACACAAAUAAAUGUUAUACAAACACA